AUGAGUACUGAAUCAGAUCAAAAUAAGUUGCUACAAAAAUUCAAAAAUUUACGCAAAGAACCACAAAAUCAAGUAGACUAUUUAACAAAUGCAAUAAUUAAUAUCGAAGAAAAUCUUAUUCGAAAUAAAGAAAGUUAUAAAAUACAAAUGCAGAAAAUCGAUCAACUAUUUCGAGCUAAUGUGAACGAUCUAAAUGAACAGAUAAAUCAAUUGAAAAAUGACCUUGAAAUCCAGUCACGUCAUUUGAAACAAAUUGAAAAGUGGUUAAAAGCAACACGGGGAUGGAUUUUAAUUCGAAAAUAUUUGUAUAAACAGAAAUAUCGUAAAUGGAAAAUGGAAUUGUUACGAACUCAUUAUCAUAUUGAAGAUGCAUGUGAAGAAUUCAAUAAAACUGUAUUCGGUAAUGAAGCUAAUAAUCCAAUAUGGAAAAUAUGUACAAAUUCAAUAGUAACAGUACAAUAUCAUACUUCUAAUAACUGGAUAAAUGAACAAUCUUGGCUUCACUAUAGAAAACAAAUUAUUGAAUCACAAUUAAGUACAAAAAAUAAAGAUGAAAUAAAAUGCAUUCAACAUAGAUUACAUAGUCGUAAAAUUACUCAACAAAUAUUUAAUCAUUAUUCUAAUAGAGAAUCUCAUGAAAAUAAUGAAGAUUAUGUUGAACAAAUUAAUGAAUCAAAGCAACAAGAUGAAUUAACAAAAUAUCCUUACAGCAUAAAUCAUCCAUUACACAUACAUGAGCAACAAUUGAUAAAUACAUUUAAUCAAAUAAAAACUGUGCAAUAUUUAAAUCUAAUUGAAUUAAAUGAAAAAGAGAAUGAUUUACAUUCAUUACUGUAA